GGGGCGGAAGUUUCCCGCCCCACCCGUCAGAGUUGGGUUUGACCACAGCAAGUGAGGUUCCUACUCCGGCGCCACUUGUCCACGGCUCCUCCUCCUGUCGCUGUCAGCGAGAUUCCUGGGACUCAGAUGGACCACACAUCCCCGACCUACAUGCUUGCUAACUUAACCCACUUACAUUCUGAACAACUUCUGCAGGGCUUGAAUCUUCUUCGUCAGCAUCACGAACUCUGUGACAUCAUUCUUCGAGUAGGUGAUGUUAAAAUUCACGCUCACAAAGUGGUGCUUGCCAGCAUCAGUCCAUAUUUCAAAGCUAUGUUCACUGGAAACCUUUCCGAAAAAGAGAAUAGUGAAGUGGAGUUCCAGUGCAUUGAUGAAACUGCUCUGCAGGCCAUUGUGGAGUAUGCCUAUACGGGGACUGUUUUUAUUUCUCAGGACACAGUUGAAUCUCUCCUUCCCGCAGCAAAUCUACUGCAGAUAAAACUUGUUCUGAAAGAAUGCUGUGCGUUUCUUGAAAGCCAGCUUGAUCCUGGUAAUUGUAUUGGAAUUUCUCGUUUUGCAGAAACAUAUGGCUGUCAUGACCUUUAUUUGGCAGCCACUAAGUACAUAUGCCAGAAUUUUGAAGCUGUUUGCCAGACUGAAGAGUUUUUUGAACUUACACAUGCUGAUUUGGAUGAAAUUGUCUCCAACGACUGCUUGAAUGUAGCUACCGAAGAGACUGUUUUUUAUGCAUUGGAGUCCUGGAUCAAGUAUGAUGUACAAGAGCGCCAGAAAUACUUAGCACAGCUACUGAACAGCGUACGGUUACCUUUACUGAGUGUUAAGUUUCUCACUAGACUCUAUGAAGCAAAUCAUCUGAUUCGUGAUGACCGCACUUGUAAGCAGCUUUUGAAUGAAGCCCUAAAGUACCAUUUUAUGCCGGAACAUAGACUGUCUCAUCAGACAGUCUUGAUGACGCGACCUCGCUGUGCUCCCAAAGUGCUUUGUGCAGUAGGUGGAAAAUCUGGACUUUUUGCCUGUUUGGAUAGUGUGGAGAUGUACUUUCCUCAGAAUGACUCUUGGAUUGGCUUGGCACCACUAAACAUCCCUCGCUAUGAAUUUGGAAUAUGUGUUUUAGACCAAAAAGUAUAUGUUAUAGGUGGUAUUGAAACUAAUGUGCGUCCUGGAUUCACUAUCAGAAAGCAUGAAAAUUCAGUCGAAUGCUGGAAUCCUGAUACAAAUACCUGGACUUCUCUAGAGAGAAUGAAUGAAAGCAGAAGUACCCUUGGAGUCGCAGUACUUGCAGGAGAACUGUAUGCGUUAGGUGGUUAUGAUGGACAGUCUUAUUUACAAUCUGUAGAGAAGUAUAUCCCCAAAAUAAGACAGUGGCAACCUGUGGCACCAAUGACUACAACAAGAAGUUGCUUUGCUGCAGCUGUCUUAGAUGGAAUGAUAUAUGCCAUUGGUGGAUAUGGUCCUGCACACAUGAACAGCGUGGAGCGUUACGAUCCGAGUAAGGACUGCUGGGAGAUGGUUGCAUCCAUGGCAGAUAAAAGGAUUCACUUUGGUGUGGGUGUCAUGCUAGGCUUUAUUUUUGUAGUGGGUGGACAUAAUGGCGUCUCGCAUUUGUCAAGCAUUGAACGAUAUGACCCCCACCAAAAUCAGUGGACUGUGUGCAGACCAAUGCAAGAACCCAGAACAGGAGUGGGUGCUGCAGUCAUUGAUAAUUACCUUUAUGUCGUCGGAGGUCACUCAGGAUCUUCCUAUCUGAAUACAGUGCAGAAGUAUGACCCUGUCUCAGAUACAUGGCUGGAUUCGGCUGGCAUGAUAUACUGUCGCUGCAACUUUGGAUUAACUGCACUUUGACACGUGUGACUACUCAGAAAUCAUGUGAAGGUGAAACUUGUGCCGCAUGAAAGGAUGCCCAGCUUUCUGAAACCCAAAAGCUGCAUUGCUGUCUUUUUAACUUGAAAUGGCAUGAAGACUCAAAAGUUCUUUUGGGUACUUUGAAUUCAGAAGUAGUUACGGUUGCUCUUGAUUACAUAGUAAAACAAUAAUCAAAAAGGAAAAGACAAAAAAUAAAGGAGAGACCCUUCCAAUUGAAUCAUGCACUUUUUUGCCCCUAAGACUGGCAUAGACUAAUUUUAUGUUUCUAAAUGUACAUGUAGAAAAAAAAAAUCUCACUGCUUGUUUUACUUUUUUAAUUUUAACUUCCCUCCUUAAUAUAUCCCAUGAUCUACCAGGGUGAAAGAUGCUUUACAUUCUGAGCAUAUUGAAUGACACUGCCUGUUGGACAUAAGUUCAUAUGCUUUACAUUUUUUAAAACAAAGGGCUGCCUUUUGGUACUUCGGAGGGUUUUAAACGACAUGUCAUUGUGAGUCAUCUGAAUGCUUUCCUGCUAAGAGAUUUUAGGGUUUAUACUACGUUUGUAAGACAGCUGCUUUUACUCUCAUGACAUUUGGGGCCAUAUUUUAAGAAAUCAGAUAUGCCUUUGAUAAAUUGAGUUACCCAUCUAUACAUGAUAACCAUGGAUAGAAUGAAUCAUAUCAGUUAUUUCAGGAUUUUUUUUUUUAGCAAGUGGUAAGAGGAAGCGUUCCAGUAUGGUAUAAAUAUGCAAGAUAUGUUUUAGAACCUCCCUUUAGAAUAUUAGUUUUUCAUAUAUCCUUAUAAUUCUAUUUUUUUAAAGAUUUUUGUUUGCUUUUUCAAAGUAUUCAGAUAAAAAUGGUGCUAACUGUGGGAUCUGUAACAGGCUAUAACCAAUGUUCUUUGGGAUGUUCAGUGUGAGGUAUGCAUGACAGUUUGGUGGUCUUUUGCAUUUUCAUUAGCUUGAUUCAUUUGUGCUUAUUAAAAAUGUCAAUUAUUUACGCUGAUGUCAACAUGCCUAUGUUAUGCUUUCAUGGUUCCUGUAUAGUGAUUUAAAGAGAGAUGCAUACUUUGAUCUUCUUUCUUCUUGUGCUAGAUGUGACACAUCCUUCUUAAAAUCAGAAAUGUAUGCAUUGAAUAUAAAGCACUAGACAGUUAUGCAUUACUUUGUAUACUUCCUAGGUAAUUUAAAAUAUUGAAAUUACUGAGGAAAACUGGAACUUGAUGUUUACUUGAGUAGUGAUUCUAAAUUUAGUUCUCUUUUGAUUAGAGAAAGUUUUUUUAAGCAGAAUUGUUUGCAUUGCCAGUGACAGCUUAUUUAAAAGAGGAGUUAACUUAUUUUAUUUUAGCAUGUUUUAGUAAAUGUUGUAAGUCCUAAACACAUUAACCUGCAUUUUAUUAUGAGGUUGGUACUUAUAUUUUGGUACUGUAGUAACUUUGUUUUCCUUUUCUUUAUUUUUUUUUAACCUGGCCUGUUAUUUCCUUAAAACGUCUCUGCAAGAGCAGUGUACAUUUUUUAUUCUUAAACAUUCAUUCUGCAUUAAGUGCCAUAAUGUUCUUAAAAAAUUCUUAAGAAGCCAUUUGUAACUAUAAAACAUGGAUUCAUUUUUUAAAAGUAUGUUUUGCUUCAUGAGGAAAUUUAUUGUUUUCCUGUUCUUCCAAAAUUGCCAGUUGUUUGACUAUAUACUAUAAAAUUAUGUAAAAUCAUAUUUAAUCUUCAAAGUAGUUUCAUGCUUUAUGAAUGUUUGCACACACAGAUAAUAAAACCUUGCAAGUAAUUUUUACUCUGUUAAUGUAGACCUCAGCAGGAGCUCCUAAUAAAAUCAACAGCCUGAGUAUUCUCUAUGUUGCUUGUUGAAUAACAUAAUAUAUAGCAAUAACUUUUCAUUGCUUUGAAUACAUCUUUUGAAUAGAAAUAAGAUGCACUAUUGUAGUUGGUCUGUACAUUAAAGAAAAGCGAUUUAAAAUAUCUUAUUGUAUACUUAUUUUUACGUCCACAAUUUUCUUUAAUUAUUUUAUUGUUAUAAAUAAUGUUAUUCUGGUUUUAAACCCUAUCUCCCAAAUUAUAAGGUAAUCUGGAAGACUACGGAGAAUUAUUUUAAUUAAGAACCACAUUUAUACCAUACAUUUUCUUUUACAUUGUUUUAUUUGCAUAGCAUCUCUGCUAUCCAGUUAGUAUAAAAUAUAUAAUCAUUUGGCAAAUUAGAUCAAAACCAUGUACUGAUCAUUAAAAAAAAACCAGAUUUCAUCUUGGUUAAGAUUAAUGUGAAACAUCUUAGGCAAUAGUAGGAGCCAUAUACCAAUGAACAACUUAAGAAAAUCUGUGAAGGGAACAGAAAAUGAAUCAAAAAGUUCAAAUAUAUUUAUUUUAGAAUGCUCAACCUACUCUAGUAUUCAAAACAACCAGAGCUUCUAAUAUGACCUGACAACAUGUUUACAAUAAAGCUUCUCUUAAAUUUUCAGAUAUUUUAGUGUGAAUACGUGUUGCUGACAAAUUAUGAAUUUAAAGUCAUAUUUUUUAUGUUAAAAAGGAUCAACAUGUUUAAUUAUAGAACCACAGGGUUAUAGGUAUUAGAAAUAAUUAUUCAUAUUCAGGUAAAAAGGAGAAAGCUACUAAGGAUUGCCCAUAAAUAUUCUGGAAAAUAAUGGUAAUGAGGACUAGAAAUUAACCAGCUAUAAGAUAAUUCCUUUCUAUAAUUAUGUCAUAAAACUUAACUCUGUUAGGAAUAUUUUACUAUUUGAUGUUUGUUGGAUGUAAUAAUGGGAAGUGAUUUGGAUGUAAUCCAAAUAUUUACAAGUUGUAUAUGUUGUAGCUAAUGUUGGUUUAACUAUCAGUGAUUUUUAAAUUGUAGGAACUAGCAUGAGGUGAUAGGAAAAUGGCAUUGGAUGGUGGAAAUUAAUAGUUUGACAUAAGGAACUACUGUAAGUAUGAAUAACAUGCUCUAUGCUACAAGAUCUAGAAAUGCAAGCAAGCUAUAUUCUUCACUCAGAUUAACAUCUGGUGUGAGAGACCUGUAACCUAUACUCAAGUAAUUGUGGUAGAAGAGGGUGAAUCUAAUUCCUUAUCUCCAGUAGCAUAAGAAGUGAUUACAACCUAGCUUAAAUAUAUCAAAUUCCUUAGUAUCUAAUUGCGUUUUAAUGGCAUGAGCAAGAAUUGUGAGAAACCUAAUGUUUAUAGAGCUCCCAUUUUCUGGAAAUGGAUAAUGUGUAUUUUCAAGUAGAAAAACAAAAUAGACAAAAUUUUAAAAAUAGCUAUUUCCUAGUGUCAGGCUCUGGCUAACAUUGAAGGAGUACAUAUAUGUCUAUAAUAAUGAUAUGUUUAUUUUCAGUUUUGGUAUUGGAUUCCUGGUAUUGUCACCUAAGUGCUCAUUUUCAAGAAAAUCAGAUCCUAUAAUAAACUUAUUGCUUAAAGUUGAAUAAACUUGUGAUAACCUCUAUAACCUCUGUAAUCUAAAAUGUAAGCAAUUAUUAGAUGCCACAUGUUAACAUCCAGUUCUCCUUCUUAACUUUUUCCCUUUAUCAGCAGCACUUUAAUUAGACAUGAUUCAUUAGAUAAUGAUUAUUCUGUGGCUGUACUCAUUAUUGGAUUUUUACUUAAGGUAUAUUCAUUCAGUGUUGAUACACAUUUGAAAAAUGUAAGAAGUACAAUGUUUCAAAUAUAGGUUUACAAAUUUUCUUAUUGAUGUGAAUAUGGAGCCAAACUCCAGUUUACAUCUCUGCAUAGAGAAAAAUUAUCCAUAUGUGUUUUAUAUUAUACAUAUUUAACUAGAGGUGAUUUAUUAUUUUGUUAAGUUUUCAUGUGUAAGUCCCAUUUAUUUUAAAAUACCAAGCAAAAAGUUACAAGUUUGCCUUAAAAUACAAGUGAAAUCAAAGAACUGGAUGAUAAUGCCUAUAUUUUUGCCUUAUGAAUUGUGCUGUAUCAUAAACCAGAGAGGGUUUUGAUUUUAACAGGAUUCUGAAAUUUUGUAGAUGAAGAGUACUUAUAUUUGUACUCUCUUGCAAAGAAUGUGAUCUAGUGGAUUAUGUCAGUGUUUAAAUGUUUUUUAUCUGCAUUUUACCUCUUAAAUAUGUACCUUUUUAGCAUCAGGGUUUUAUUUUUAUUUUUGUUUACAUGGUAAAGUGGCAUUUAACUUGUUGAAGAUUCUAAUCUUUUGUCUUUUAUUUUUAAAGUUCUUGGUGUAUAUUAUUGUGGAAAUGUUCUGUAAUGAUUAUAAGUUUCAUUCAAUGUGAAAUCUUUAAAAUAAAAUUGAAAAACUGAAA